AGUACAAUGUGCAUUGAUUGCUGAGCAUUUCCGAGAAAGCAAUGGGAGGAGGAACCAUGCAUGUUGGUUCUUCUGUGCCUCAGCCCAGAAGCUCCCCAAUUGUGAUAUCAUCUUCCUUACCUUCUUCUUCUUCGAAUAGUAAGCUUCCUGUUUCAACUGAUAAUGGCGUACCCGUUAGUAGCCACAGUAGCUCCGCGUGUUGUUGCUUUUGUCACAGUGAAAUUGGCCGAAAACUAGAAAUUGUACAUGGAAAAGAGGAAAAUAGUUCGAGUGGGUGUCUCCAUAAUUAUGUGUUUGAUGCGGUUCUGUCUCAAUCGGAAGUUGAAGACGCGCUUAUGGCUCUUCAGAGUUUUCUGCAAGCAGUAACAUCAAGGGCAUUGCAACAGAACUCUGGUACUUAUGAUUCAAGCAUAUUGCUUUCUCAAGGAUAUAAGAGACUGCAUGAUGCUUACCAGUUGCUGCUAUCAGAUCCUUCUAUUAAGAGACUAGUGACUUCACUGUCAUCAGAUAAAACAGUUUGGGAUGCUGUCGUGAACGUGUUGAAUCAGAAUCUCCAAAACUUACCUAAUUCAGGUGAGGUUAGAAGGCCCCGGAUUCCUGACAAACCAGAAGUCAGCAUUGACAUUUUAAGUUGGAUUUUGGAGGUCAUAAAGGGAAAAGUUAUGGAACUGAUAGAAAAUUUUCAGUCACUUCUGAAUCUUUUGUUUCAAUCUUAUCAGAUAGAAAAAGCUGCAUUGAAAGAGCAAGAGCUGGAAGGAAAAGUUAGGUCAUCUAUGCUUCUCUCUGUAGUCAUCAUCUUGAUUGUAAUCUUGGCCAGAGUCCAAAGGUUGUAAUGCUGAUGUCUGAAAAGUUCAAAGUGAUUAAGAGAAAAAUGAUUGCUGAUUUGUGUGUGCUGUGUGGUGAAGUCUUGAAGAAACAGUUCUUGUUGUACAAAUAACCGUUUGUAAUUAUGACAUUAUCAUAUUGAUAGCCAAGAGGAUUUUAUUUUGGUGGUCACA